UGAAAACGAAAGGAGAAUUUUUUCUGGGACUUGCUGCUGUGAAUGUUCUUUGUCUUUAAAGAUCUGCUGGAAAAUGAGAAAUACCUUCGAUCACAUUGUCGAAAGUAAGCAGUGAGCUUGAAAGAUUCUUUAUUUUCAGGGGUAGGUUUUAUUUCCAGUGGAGCUGGGAUGUUCUUCUUCUCGAUGAAAGAUCCCAAUUAAACAUAAGGAGCCAAACGUGUCCCAGAUGGGAACUGUUCAGUGAAAUAUUUAAAACUUUAAAUGUCUCUAAUUACUUUAUUAGAGUGCGGAACUGAGUCCUGUCAGUAGAAAAGGAACAAGAACGGGAGCGGGAAGAUUUUAAUCUGCUCUGCUCAGUUUCCUCAUGAUGUGCAGGUUCGGUGGAUUCAAUGUGGGAAAUGUAGGGUUACGGGGUUAGGGUCGAUAGGUGGUCAAAUCUUCGGAGGGUCUGUGUCGUGUUUCUAUGAAUUCACGAGUUGGGAUUUUGUUUUAUGCGUUAAAGCCAUCGGCGUCAAACGCUGGAACCAGCGAGGGACACGGAAAUAAAAUUCUGUCUCUGAAACUUUGUUGCUGUGUGGUUAUGUUUCAAGUAAAAACGUUCAGCCCGAGAGAACUGUCACAUCUUGAAAUAAGUUGUUAAUCCUCUGGUUUUAAAUGAAGCUUUACUCGGCACUGAGUGCGGGGUGUUACUUUGCUGAGGCCGUGAAUACUGAAGACUGGGAAAUGUAAUGUGAGCCGACCCCAGCCCCCAACUCUCUCAGACAACACACAACGGCGCCGCUGAGAUUAACUUCAAAUCUUACAGACGGUGGUAUUGGUAUUCAGACACAAAAAAGAAACAAAUAAUUAAAUGCGGAAGUGCGGAGUUGAUCAGGAAACAUACUAAGCAAGAAGAUUUGCAUUCUGACUGUUAUAACGUUGAAACGGAAGGAGGAAAAAUUCCUGACCAUAACAGUAAACUCGGGGAUUUUUUUUGGAAACAAAUCGGAGCCUUUGCAAGUGUGAAAGAGAAGAUACUUAAGUAAAUGAAAACUUUGUGUUGGGCGUUAAAUAAAAACUCGAUGGUUUUUCUGCUAAGACUUUAAGAUGGAGAUUUAUGAUAUUGUGUUAUUUCUCCUCGUAAUUCUGGUCUCUGUAUAUGGUAAAUUGAUCAUAGUUGGACCUGUUGACCCUGUCACAGUCAUUGCAGGUGAAGAUGCUAUGUUAGAAUGUCAACUCGUGCCAGGUAUAUUUCCCAGCAACAUGGCGGUGCGAUGGUUUAAAUCAGGUCUUGAUUCACCGGUACACAUGUACAGAAAUGGAGAAGAUGACAUUGUUGUUCAACAUGAGGAUUACAGAGGAAGGACAGAAUUGUUUAAAGAUGAACUGACCAAAGGAAAUAUUUCUCUGAGAAUAAAGCAGGCAAUAUUAUCAGAUCGAGGAAAAUAUACGUGUUCAGUUGAUGACAAAACUGAUUCAGAAACAUCUUCAGUUACACUGGAAGUUGUCGGUUUUGGAUGUGAGCCUUGGAUUCAGAUGAAGGCAAGUAAUAUAAAUGAAAUCCAGCUUGUGUGUAAAUCCACAGGAUGGUUCCCUGAACCAAGGAUAUACUGGGUUCCGGAGGAUGAAGAUAAUUUAAUACAAGCUGAAACAACAUCACAUCAAGACUCUACAGGUCUUGUGGACAUCCAAAGCAGCAUUGUAAUAACAAGACAACCAUCAAACCGGUUCACCUGUCAUGUAAGAAAUGAGCAUCUGAAAACAGAACAAGAAGUAACAAUCAGGAUAUCAGGUGAUAUCUUCCCUUCUGCUCCUGUUUGGCUGGCACCAUUGCUCGUGACUAUUUGUCUUCUUAUUGUAGCCAUUACUGCUGUGAUUUAUUGGAAUUUGAAACAACAUCUGCACAUCAAAGAACUAGAACUUUGGAAGUUUAUCAUAGAACAAGAGUGGAAGAGAAUUUGUGAAUGUGAAGCUCCAGUCACCUUGGACCCUAAUACAGCCCAUCCUGCCCUUCUCCUGUCUGAGGACCUGAGCACUGUGAGAGACACUGGGAAACGGCAGCAGCUUCCCGACAAUCCGGAGAGAUUUGACUGUUAUAUCGAUGUCCUAGGAUCAGAGGGAUUCAUAUCAGGGAAACAUUCCUGGGAGGUGGAGGUGGGGAACAAAACUCAAUGGAACAUGGGAGUCGCCAAAGAAUCCAUUAACAGGAAGGAGGGUGUCAGCAUCCUUACGCCGGGUAAUGGAUUCUGGACAUUGGCCCUGAAAGAGGGUAAUAAAUACUGGGCUGGUGAGGAACCAUGGAAACACUUAGAGCUUAAGGUGAAGCCAAGGAAGAUCCGAGUCUGUCUGGAUUAUGAGGGAGGGAAGGUGUCUUUUUAUAACUCAGAGAACAAGACCCAUAUCUACACUUUCACUGGGACAUUCAUUGACAAACUCUACCCCUUCUUCUGUCCAGGUCUCAUUGAUGGGGGUAAAAACUCAGAGCCUCUGAAAAUCUGUCCCCGGAGAGUAACAAUCCAGGAGGAUGAGGAACUCUUCCCUUUGUCCAAAUAAAGUCUCUCUCUGUAAGGGGGGAGGGGAAGACCCACACAUUAGAUCCCACACACUGGGUCACUGGGUGGGGGAAUGGGAAGA